AUGCGGCCAAAUGUUCCGAAAGUGGCGCAACGGCGACUGCACUUGCUGAUGUGGCUGCUGCUGCUGCCAAUUGGUGGUCAGGGCAUAGUAAAUCCGUCGAAUGAGUCAGCCAAUAUGGUUGUCUACAUGCUGCCCGCGAGGGAUGUGGGCCCGCGCACCUGGCAGGUGGGCGUCGACUGCCUGGACAGCUUCUCGCAAAUCUUCUUUUACCGGAACCCGCUGGAACGCUUCACGCGCUCCUACAACCUGAUGCUGACGAAUGUGUUCAACAUGUCCCUGCCCGCCGAUCUCAUACAGCAGGGCUUCAGCCAGCGCAUCAACGAGGCCAUCAGUGACCCGGAGCCGCAGCCCGGUAGGCAGCUCUUCCAGCUGCGAGUCAUCUCCGAUCACUUCAACACCACGAAGUUCUUCGGCGAGCUGCUGCUGGCGGACAACUACGUGAUUGUCGUGGACAGUGUGGAGCGGUUGCACAGGCUGAUGAGUCACCACGUGAGCAAGAGCCGCUCGUGGAACCCUGGAGCCCGCUUCCUGGUGCUCUUCAACAAUGCCCAGAUGUGGGAGAGGCCCUGGACAGUCGCCUCGCAGAUCUUCAACGAUCUGAUGAGCAACUUCUACGUGCACCGUGUCGCUCUCAUCUUCUCCGACUCCCCCUCCAACUACAACCUCCUGGUGAACGACUACUACAGCAACGUCGAUUGCCGCGUGUUGAGUGUCCAGAGCGUGGGCCAGUGCAAGGACGGCCAGCUGUUCCCUUCGGCCCAUGCUGUCCACGUCGCUAUGUCCGACUACAUCAGUGGCUUCAGCCCGAAGAAUUGCACCUUCUACGUAUGCGCCGCCAUCGCGGCGCCCUUCGUCGAGGAAGACUGCAUCUUAGGCAUCGAGAUGCGAAUCCUGGGCUUCAUGCGGAACCGCUUACAGUUCUUGGUGAAUCAAACAUGCACUCGAGACACGCGAGGCGAGGUGGAUGAGGUCGGCAAAUGGAAUGGCCUGCUGGGCAAAUUGGAGGACGGAGAGUGCGACUUUAUCAUGGGCGGCUUCUACCCGGACAACGAGGUGGUGGGCAUCUUCUGGGGCAGUGACUGCUACCUGCAGGACGCGCACACGUGGUUCACCAAGCUGGCGGACCGUCGGCCCGCCUGGCAGGCCAUGGUCGGCAUCUUCAGGCCGUACACCUGGAUAUGCUUUCUGCUGGUUCUGCUGCUGAGCUGGCUCUGCUGGUACGCGCUAGUAUGCCUCCUGCCAGAGCCGCAGUACUUCCAGCCGCUCAGCUUGACGGGCAUCAAUGCCUUGGCGGUGUCCAUAUGCAUAGCAGUGCAGGAGCGACCCGUGUGCGAGUCGACGCGCGUGUUCUUCGUGAUACUAACGCUCUACGGAGUGAAUGUGGUGGCCAUAUACACCUCGAAGAUGAUAUCUACGUUCCAGGACCCAGGCCACCUGCACCAGAUGGACACGCUGCAGGAGGUGGUGGCUGCGGGCAUACCCUUUGGCGGCGAGGAGGAGAGUCGCGACUGGUUCGAGAACGAGGACGACCUGUGGAUAUUCAAGGCAUACAACUCCUCGCCCGAGUUCAGGCCGCGCACCCAGAACCUGAAGUUCGUGCAGCAGGGCCAGCGCUGCAUUCUGAGCAGCCGCAUGUACAUAAUGCAGAACCUCUAUGCGGACGACAUCUACGCCUUUCCCCAGAACGUCUUCGUCAGCCCCAUGCAGCUGAUCAUGAAGGCGGGCUUCCCCUUCCUCUACGAGAUGAACAUGAUCAUUCGCUAUAUGCGUGACGUAGGCAUCAUUCAGAAGAUCGACUCGGACUUCCGCUAUAACAACACCUAUCUGAACCGCAUCUCCAAGAUGCGCCCGGACUUUGCAGCCACCGUCAUCGUCUUGACCACGGAGCAUUUGAAAGGUCCUUUUGGCAUCCUGAUCGUGGGAAUCUGCAGCGCCAUGCUGACCUUUCUCGGCGAACUGCUCUGCGGCUACAGAAGCCACAGGCGUCGACAGCGAUGCACCAGGCGACGCAGCAAGUGGCGCAGGGAGCGGCAGCAGCUGCACCGAGCGGUGGCUCCGGUGGUGCGCUUCACGCCCGUUAAGCGCCGCAAAGUCCUGUAA